AUGCAUUUAACGCUUACACCCAGGAAGCACAUAAAGACAUGGUCUGGCAAGGGUCUUGCCAGAGUUGGUGUAAUGUCUAAUCUCUGCCCUGUUAGUGAGUUGAGAAGCGAUGGUCUGGUGCGACGUUACCUCCAAAUCCAAGAAGCGAGCAUUCAUGUGUUUUGUGUUAUUCCCAGCCUUUUACGCGCCAACAAAUGCGACUGUAACACUGUCCCUGAUGAACCUAAGGCCGCUGAUCGGGUGCAGACAUACCGAGCGAAGCAAGCAUGGAUGGUACAGGAAAAAGGCAUGAGCGUUAAAGGAGCGAGUAAGAUCUCCCUAGAACAAGUAGCUGAAAAGGAGUUCUGGGUCUUGACGCACCCAGAGGAAAGCAAAACGGUAAUGACAGCAAGGGCACUUUUGCUGGAGCUGUCGGGAGCCCUGACGGAGCUUGCCGGAAUGGAGGGAGGCCUCCCCCCAUUCCGGGAUGUAGGCUGCUUGUCACCCACCUUGAACAUGAAAGAUGUAUUUCUGUUCUAG